AUGUCUACUCCGACAAGACGUCAGACUUUCGGGAUCUCAGGGACCCAUAAACAAGCUCUUCGAACUUGGGCACAAAGUCAAAAUCCACGUCCAUCGCAACAGCAAUGUGCUGCUUGGUUCGAACGAACCUAUGGACGAAGCCUCUCCCAAUCGACCAUCUCGACAAUCCUCUCCAAAAAAUGUGAACACCUUGAUAGUGGCACAGCAACGACAUUGAGACGUCAACUGGCACCACAAUGGCCCCUCCUGGAGACCUCACUUUGUGAAUGGCUCGCAAAUCAAGAAGGCCCAAUGCCCACGUCCGAUGCUAUUGUUACCAAAGCACGCGAAACCUGGAGUCAAAUUUCAGAUUACCAGACUCUACCACUUCCUCACUUUAGUAAUGGAUGGUUAGCCAGAUUUAGAAAACGAUAUGCCACUCAAGUCCAUGAACGCCACGAUGGCGUGCCUCAACCCCCACUCCAGACUGGUCGCAAGGAAAUGAAAGCAAUGAAAACGCUAUGUGGUGAAUUUCCAGAAGAGGAUAUCUACAACAUGGACGAGGCUGGCCUUUUCUGGCGAAAACCUCCCUUCGGCGCUUCCACCGCCCAGGACCAAUCAAUAACAAAUAGGGAAAAUUCCCGCAUCUGCCUCAUGCUCUGUACAAACAGCACUGGAUCAGACCGGUUACCCGUUUGGGUCAUCGGGCACUCAAAUAUGCCUGAAGCACUUCGCAAAGCGAAUCUCAAAGCCAUGGACUGCCAUUGGCGAUAUCACCGGCAAGCCUGGCUAACGCAAUGGAUUAUGCAAGAAUGGCUACUCUUCUUUUACAACCACGUAGGUGAGCGUAGGGUUUUGCUUCUACUGGACAAUCAUCCAGAUCACCAAGCUGCCGUCGAGGCUACGCCGCCGCCUCCAAAUGUGCAUGUUCAAUUAUUUCCUGCUUCCACGCCCGGCUCGACUCAGCAACAGCCAAUCAACUUGGGAAUCUCCCAGACUCUCAAGCACUAUUAUCGCAGACAAUGGCUCGCGUACAUUGUGGCCAGUAUUGAACCGUCCCCCAGCCCGAUCCACAUGAUGAGUUUGUAUCACGCUUUAUCCUGGAUCACCCGGAGCUGGCGUCACGAUGUCGCAAACGCCAUUAUUUACAGAGCCUUCCGGAAGAGCAGUCUCAUGGAGCCUCAGAUUGAGUUCAUCACGGCUCCAAAAUUACCGGACCUCACUACUCUAUACGAAACAGUCGCACGACACAAUCCUGAUGGUCGGCCAGUCACCAGCCUUGAAAACUUCACUCAUCCUGUGGACGAGGAUUUCGAGAAUACAUCAAAUGUGGCCAGAUUUAUCCUUGAUGGCGAGACUACUCUACAGGAACUGGAUGAUGCCAUUGUUCCCGUACCGUCGGAGCAACUCGUACCCCCUGCUAUGGAUGCGGUCAUUGGGAUACAGACGUCCAUUCGAUACUUGGUACACCAGCCUUGGACUACUGGCAAGGAUCUCCAAGCUCUUGAGAGAAUAGAGAGAAUGAUUAAUCGUCUGGUUAUUGAGGAGCGACGACAGGCGCACGUUGGUGGCUUUGAUUGA